AUGACUAUAACCCUUCCUCCAUCACUCACUGGAAUAUUACCAAAAUACCAACAAGUUGUAAUAAAUUGUACAUCUCCUGAAUACAGAGAAUUGUCAGCUCAAAUCCAUAUGGCAUUACUUCCAUUAAUUAAUACAAUUGCUAUACUUCAUACACCAUAUCAGUCAUGUUCUGAACAUUCAUUUAAACAAUUCCAAAAAGAUGAUAAAACUUUAGUAAUUGAAGUUGGAGGAAUUUGUGAACAACAAGACCAUGUCUAUAUUUAUCCAUUAAACAUUCCUGCUCUUCAACCAAUUCAUAUUGAUGAUGAUACUAUUAUUAUUGUAGAACCUUCAUUAAUGGAAAAAUAUAGUUUUAUGAAGUCUUUAAACAAAGAGUAUUUAGUAUUGAAUAUGAAAGACGCAUUUAUUAUUAGAGAGAAAGCAAUAAAAAAUAAUGUUAAUAAAGUAGUAAUUAUCUAUGGAAGUGAGACAUUUAAUUCAAUACCAUUCCAAUUAUAUUUCAAUCCAAUGAAUAUUAAGAAAAUUAAUAUUGUCAAUGGAAAUGAAAUUGAUUGUUCAAAAGAAACAAUGAGAUAUGUAAUGAAUAGAUAUUCAUUAUUUGAUAAAAUUAGAAGUGCAACAACAUUUAUGCUUUUACUCCUUGAUCCUGAUUGGUACAAUUCUGAAUCAUUUAAAAAACUAAGAAGUUUAUUGAUGAAAGAAUAUCAUGUAAUCACUGUCUUUAUGGGAAAUCCAGAAAAUAAGUUACUGAAUUAUAGUGGACAAGUUGAUAUUGCUAUUAUUCUUGGUUCUGAUUUAUCUGAAUUGAAGUUUGAAGGUGAUAUUCCAACAGUAACACCAUAUGAAGUAUUGUAUUCAUUAUAUCUCAAUAAUGAAAUUGAAUGGAAUGGAGACUAUCCAAUUGGCAUUAAACGAUCAAAACCAUACAUUGACCAAGUAUAUGAACUUACUAAUUAA